AUGACUGGUGGGCUCUGUUUCCCCCGCUCCCCCCUACAACCUAACUCAAAGUUUCGGGGCGGCUUAGGGGAAGGUUGUGGAGCUCCUAUCACAGUGGGGCUAUCAGAAACGCCGAAACUUUGGCUCAUGGGUCUGACUCUAAGCGAGCAGAUCUUGAUCAUAUGCAUCCAGGAUACUUUGUGUUGCUUUACAAAACUAAGGGGAAGGUCGCAUUGUGUGGACGCAAUUGAUUCAUGGUUUUCAACAAGUCCAAGGCCGGCUGUUAAUGACGAUCCAGCCACACCUAUUUCAGUCGAGGAACCCUCUGAAGAAUCAGUUAUAGAUGCUUUGCGGUAUGCUGGCUUCAGUGUCACUGAAAAUCAAUUUAUGAGGGCUCCAAAAGUAGGAACAACUCAGCACUUGAGCAGCGAUCAGCUUACCUCAAGCCCUCGAGGGCGCAAAACAUUCCCGUUCCCACAUGUAUUGCACACUGACGCGAGCUCCACAAGGGGAAACGCUCAAAUCGAAUAUGCCGAUCUGGUCAAAAAUCGUGGAUUAAUGAACCGGGAUGAUCUCGGCGGGGCCCAUCUCCCGGAUGAGAAGCUUACAUUGGAAAAGGAGGGAUGGAUGACGAAACAAAUCAACUUUUUUUCGGCCAGCUUUGCUCGGACGUUACACCGUUUACAUCCCAAGCCCAAUCAAAUACAAUACUUAUACACACGAAAACAUCUCAAAAAUUUGUCACUCAUCCUCACGAAGAUGCAAGCAAACGAUUUGACGGCUACGGCGUUCUGCUGGAUCGCCCAUCGGAAUGGAAGCUACGUUGAACGUGACCGAUUGAUCAAGAGCUUCGAAUCUUUGAUAACCUUCGUCACGUAUUACCAUUCGAAUGUUCUAAAAAAACUCCAUGUCAAAACGGAUGUGAUCCAGAGUUUGAAUCAGACCCUUCUAGAAUGGCUAUAUGCAGAAAUAUUGAACCCGCCAAUUGGCUUUCCAAUCAUGGGUGACAUUACGCGUCAAAAAGUCAGCUAUUUGUUGGCAGAAGAGCAGCCGAUGUUUGGAAAAUUGAAUGCAUUCUUGGGCCAUUUCUUUGGCCAACUCAAACCCCAACCCAAACCUGCCACCCUUUCUUGUAUCUUAAUCAAUUUUUGGUAUUUCUCCAAGCACACUCAGAUGUGGAGAAAGGUUUCCGAGGAUCAGGAUCACUGCUUAGCCCUGAAGGAACAGAUUGAGGGGAGUGCAUCUGUUCCAUACCCGCGUUACUUUCUUUCUCAAUUUCUUACUUGA